GAAAACCAAAGUAAUCGACACAUCCAUCCCUAGUUUUUAAGGCGCUCAAACCCGUCAUGGACUUCGCCAGCGUGCUCGGCAAAAGCGAGGCGCACCAGCGCACCAUUAUCCACCUGGACAUGGAUUACUUCUACGCUCAGGUGGAGGAGAUUCGGGAUCCUACGCUGCGAUCGAAGGCUCUGGGGAUUCAGCAGAAGAACAUUGUGGUCACCUGCAACUAUGUGGCGCGGGCCAAAGGAGUGGCCAAGCUAAUGCUCAUUGCGGAGGCGCAGCGCAUCUGUCCGGACUUGGUUCUGGUCAACGGAGAGGAUCUCGCCCCGUAUCGCCAGAUGUCGCAGAGAAUCUUCGAUCUGCUGCUCAACUACACGCCGCUGGUGGAGAAGCUCGGUUUCGACGAGAACUUUAUGGAUGUAACUGCAUUGGUGGAGCUGCGACAGGCCCAUGUCGCCGAGGCGCAGCUAAAACCCCCAGUGGGUCACACAUACCCGGCGGAUGGCACUCCCCUGUCCGCCUGCGACUGCGGCUGUGCCCAGCGGCUGGCCAUUGGCACUCGGAUCGCCCAGGAGAUAAGGGAGGAACUCAAGCUCCGACUGGGCAUCACCUGCUGCGCCGGCAUCGCCUACAACAAACUGCUGGCCAAGCUGGUCGGCAGCAGCCACAAACCCAAUCAGCAGACCGUCCUUGUUUCCACCUAUGCGGAGCAGUUUAUGCGGGAACUAGGCGACCUAAAGCGAAUCACUGGGAUUGGCCAGAAGACGCAGUGCCUUCUGCUGGAGGCGGGCAUGUCGUCGGUGGAGCAGUUGCAGCAGUGCGACAUGGACGUGAUGCGAAAGAAAUGUGGCUUCGAGACGGCCACUCGACUGCGGGAUCUGGCCUUCGGUCGGGACACGAGUUCGGUGCGACCCACGGGAAAACCAAAAACCAUUGGAAUGGAGGAUGCCUGCAAGCCCAUCUCCGUGCGAACCGAUGUGGAGGAGCGGUUCCGCAUGCUACUCAAGCGGCUGGUGGAGCAGGUUGCCGAGGAUGGUCGCGUUCCCAUCGCCAUCAAGGUGGUGCUGCGAAAGUUUGACUCCCAGAAGAAGAGCAGCCACCGAGAGACCAAACAGGCCAACAUCCUGCCCUCCUUGUUCAAGAGCUCCGUGUGUCCAGGAGAAACCGGCGUGAGCAAGGUACAACUGGCGGACGGCGCCCAGGAGAAACUGCUCAAGAUUGUGAUGCGACUGUUCGAGCGAAUCGUGGACAUGAGCAAGCCCUUCAAUAUCACUCUACUCGGUCUGGCCUUCUCCAAGUUCCAGGAGCGCAAGGUGGGCUCCUCGUCCAUAGCCAAUUUCCUGAUCAAGAAGGCGGAUCUGGAGGUGCAAUCGAUCACCUCACUGACAAAUACGAGUCUCACGAGUCCCACAGCGGAGAGUCCCACGUCGGAUGAAAGCGCUUUCCGCUCCUCACCGACAACAUUCAAGCCGAGCGAUCAGUUUUACAGGCGGAGAGCCACCACGGCAUCGCCGGUUCCCAUGCUGCUGGAUAAUGGCUCAGAAUCGGCGGCCACUAACUCGGAUUUCAGCGAUUUCUCCGAGACGGAGGUGGAGCCCUCGCCGAAAAAGAGUCGCAUUGGCCGUUUGCUGGUGUCGAAGCGCAGCCGCUUGGCGGCGGAUGUGGGCGAUUCUGCCGCGGAGGUAGCUUCGCCCAGCAAACUGCGCGUCUGUGAUUUGCGUCUGAAUUCGCGGGACAGCGAGAAGGACUACCCAAUGAGCACCACGCCCUCUACUUCUGCAUCUGCGCCUGCUCCUCGCUACCGCACCGUCCAGCCACCGAAUACGCUGCUGCAGCGAAUCGACGGCAGCCUCCGCUUUGUAUCCACGCGCACUGCCAGUCGCUUGAGCUCGAACGCCAGCUCCACGGCCUCAUCACCACUUCCCUCGCCCAUGGACGAUUCCACUGCCAUGAGCGCGCCCAGCACACCAACCAUGUCCUUUCCCUCACCCGUCAGCACAUCAGCGGUGGUUUCCAGCACGCCGUCGCAGGAUGCCCUCACGAAUAUCGCCUGUCCCGCGGGUGUGGAUGCCGAGGUCUUCAAGGAACUGCCCGUGGAGUUGCAGACAGAGUUGAUCGCCUCGUGGCGCAGUUCCCUUGUUGCGGCAGCAGUGGAGCAAACAAACGGAUCGGCUUCCUCGACAACCGCAGCGAUUACAAGUGGAGCUCCUCCAGCCACUGCGACCACCGCUAGCGGAGGACAGAAGAACACAUUGUAUCGCUACUUUCUGCGGAACAAGUGAUGCAGUGCAUCCGAGCAUCACAUCGUUUAUAUUUUAAGGAAAAAGUGAAUAAAUCCGUUUAUAUAUGA